UAAAAAAAUAUAGUUGUCAAAAAUUUGCGAAGCGGGCAAAUUUGUGAAAAGUUGUUUUCAAUUAAUUUAUUAUUUUGGUAUUCAUAAAAAAUAUUACUAAUUUCUAAUAGAAUGUCAGGACGAGGCAGAAAUCGUCGUGGGAACCGCAGUCACCACCACAACCAGAACCACACUUUAUCUUCCGUGGCCAAGGAGACGGUGGAGUCUCUGCCGGCGGAUAGUCCGGUGCUGGCGCUCUUUAAAGCCACGGCGCAGAAGCUCACGGAGCGCCAGGACCGCCACGAGAGGCUCGUCAAACUUUCGAGGGAUAUCACCAUCGAAAGCAAGCGGAUUAUCUUUCUCCUACAUUCUUCUAUAACCAAAGAAUCUGCAGACAAAGUUCUCCAAGAGGCUAAGGAGCGAAUUCAGAAGCUGAUCCAAGGGCCUCUCAAGUAUAUCGGUUUAGAGCUUGAGCACAGCCCAGCGCACCUGCAUGGUAGAGCUGUAACUGCAGGGUUUCAGGAGUUCAUAGAGGCAUGGACAUUCUUCACACUCAUGGAACGGAAGGAGAUCAUAUCUUGGAAGGAUGUGCAGGCCCAAUUGACAUACAGAGUGGCUGCUAAGGACUCGGAGGAAGAGCGGACAGUAAUCACCAUGCUCACAUACAAUGAUUACAUGCUUGGGGUAGCAGAUCUAACAGGGGAACUGAUGCGGAAGGCUAUCAACAGUAUCUCCAGUGGGGACAGUGAGGAUUGUUUUUACGCUUGUCAGGUCGUGCGCGAUCUGUACACAGGCUAUUGCGGUUUAUUCGGGUCCGGGCGCGAGCUGGCGCGCAAGACGUCGACGACGCGCGCCAGCGUGGCCAAGGUGGAGGGCGCCGUGUACGCGCUGCGCGUGCGCGGCGGCGAGGCGCCCGCGCCGCUGCUGCUGCCCGCGCCCGACCGCUGGGAGCAACACCACGACGACGAUGAAGGGUUCUACUAGUUUACCUGACGUGGCGUGGAGGUGGUAGUCACGUUUUACUAGUUUACCUGACGUGACGUGUUACGAUGCCAGUCAUGUUUUACUAGUUUACCUGACGUGAUUGUUGCGGUGGCAGUCAUGUUUUACUAGUUCACCUGACGUGACGUGUUGCGGUGCCAGUCAUGUUUUACAAGUUUACCUGACUUGACGUUGCAGUGGUAGUCAUGUUUUACUAGUUUACCUGAUGUGACGUGUCGCGAUUGCAAUCACGUUUUGACGGUCUGGGUGCGACAGCGGAGCGAUUUUGUAAAUUCUAUCUUAUUUAACAGCAGUUUAACAUCACCUUGUUUUGCGCCGAGUCUAUGGCCAUCUGUCAAAAGGUGACAGAAAGUGAUUUCAUUAUGUGACUGAUGUUGAUAUAAGACGUAGUUAUUUAAGAUUAAGUACAGUUUAUAAAAUUUAAUACCUAUAUGUCAAAAUAAAAUUUAUAAAACUAAAUGAA